UAAACAGGCAGAGUAGCUGAUGACCGAUCUCACUGAUGAGAAGGCGGAUUAGCGACACUCUUUCUCCAGCCUGUAUCACUCCAUCCAUCCAUCCGUCGCUGUCGUCAGCUCGGCUCUCUUUGCAGGAACGUUAGCCCGGCCCAUGUAGGCUUAGAUCAUGGACUUUAACGUUAAAAAACUGGCAUCUGAUGCUGGCGUGUUCUUCACGCGCGCAGUUCAGUUCACAGAGGAGAAGCUGGGUCAAGCGGAGAAAACCGAACUGGAUGCUCAUCUGGAAAACCUGCUUGCUAGAGGAGACUGCACCAAGAACUGGACAGAGAAGAUCUUAAGGCAGACUGAGGUGCUGCUGCAGCCAAACCCUAUUGACAACACUGGUGCCCGCAUUGAGGAGUUCUUCUAUGAGAAACUGGACAGAAAGCUCCCAGCAAGAACAACCACUGGUGAGCUGCUGGGGCAGUACAUGCAGGAUGCUGCUAAGGACUUUGGACCUGGGACUGCGUAUGGAAGUACUUUGUACACCGUAGGGGACUUUCAGAAGAGGCUUGGAAGUGCUGAGAGAGAGUUCUUACAAACAUCAGCUAUCAGCUUUCUCACUCCUCUCCGGAACUUUCUAGAGGGUGACUGGAGAACCAUAUCGAAAGAAAGAAGGCUAUUGGAGAACCGGCGUCUCGACUUGGAUGUCUGCAAAGCACGCCUAAAGAAAGCCAAGUUGGCAGAAGCCAAGGCUGCCGCUGCACCUGAUUUUCAGGAGACUAGGCCACGCAAUUAUGUUCUGUCUGCCAGUGCAUCUGCGCUGUGGAGUGAAGAGGUGGACAAAGCAGAACAGGAAUUGCGUGUGGCUCAGACUGAGUUUGACAGACAAGCAGAAGUAACCCGACUUCUCCUAGAAGGCAUCAGCAGUACACAUGUAAAUCAUCUGCGUUGCCUGCAUGAAUUUGUGGAAGCCCAGGCAGCUUACUAUGCCCAGUGUCACAAACACAUGCAGGACCUUCAGAAGGAGCUCAGUAGUACAAAUGGAGAUACGUUUCCCAAUGCGUUCGCUGCGAACCCCUCUGCAUCAGCGAUUUCCACUUCCUCUACUCUCUCCAGUGUUGCUGUGCCCGGGGUCUCCAACCCGGCUGCCUCCUCUAGCUCUCUGGACACACUGAAAAUCGAGGAGGUGCAGCCUCCAGCCACUGGUACACGCAAGGCCAAAGUGCUGUAUGACUACGACGCUGCAGAUACAAGCGAACUCUCGCUGCUUGCCGAUGAGCUUAUUACAGUCUAUACCGUCCCAGGCAUGGAUCCAGACUGGCUGAUCGGAGAGCGGGGGAAUCAGAAAGGCAAAGUGCCGGUCACAUACCUGGAGCUGUUGAGCUAAAUGCGUAAACACAAACACACAUGCACAGACAGCUAGUUGCACACGGGGUGAUGUAAAAGCUUCCUUACAGACGCAGUUUCAAUGUAUUCCUGCUGUAGUCCGGUUUGUUGGGGUUAGUUUGUGGGAUUAUAAUGGAAAAUUUGCAUGAGCAAAACUAUUCAGAUCUACCAGACCUGACCAUUCUGUGACUUGGACAUGGAUAUUUUGUGUUAGCUAGGUUCAGCUUCAAUUCCUACCCCAUCAUUUUAUAAAGGUUUAAGAAGUCAGCUUACUAUGAGGAAUUUCAAAAGGAUAUGUUUAAUGAUGUCAGCUUCCAAGAUACAGCAAGAAUCUAGAUAUAGAAUGUAAAUACGAUGCAGAAACAUCCUACUUCUGUUCUGCUUCACAUGACACCUGUGUCUCGAUCCCCAUCAGAGAUAUCCUUGUGAUUAUUAUCGACACCGUAAUGAGUUCUCCAACUAUCUUGUUUUUCGUUGCUUGUGUUUACUACAGAGGUUUAGUUAAGUCAAAUUAGAAAAAGAUAUAGUAUAUUAUUUUGAGAAUUUGUUUGGAUGCGUUAUAUAGAAAUUAUAUGAUGAAUCACACUUCACAACACUCCGUUAAUAAUAUUUAUGAAAGAAAUAAAAACACUAUGGAAUGUGCUGUAAAAUGAAAAUAAUCGAUGACCAUGAAGAUGAUUAUUUUCCUCUUACAGCAUGCUCGAAUAAUACCUCUCUAUACCACUGGCAUCAGUUAUACAUGUAUUUAUACCAUCUGACAACUGCUUAUUUUUCCUGUUUCAAGUUUGAUACUCUAUCAUUUUAAUCAGUUUAUAACUGCCUUAAGUCUACAAAACAAUCUAGAUCAGAUUUAAACAGUUGCCCAUUUUUUUAUUUGAAGAUACUUCGGUUGAUCCAUAGAUCGGUUGAUACUUAGAAACUGCAAUGUAACAUCCUUUAACUUCUGUCAGUUACAAAGCACUGGCACUGGAGACUCCUUACAUCAAUGUUUUUGUUUAUUAAAUAACAUAUUUAAAAUUUGAUUCUGAGGAGAAUUUAGAAUGAAUGAUUGAAUCUUUGUGACUAAUGAGAUUCAAGAAUUUGUCAAUUUGUCUGUGGUUCUUCCUCCCAAUUUUUUAUUUCUUUUUUUUUUUGUAUUUCAUUUUUUUAUUGGGAAUAUUUCAGUUUAAGACUAAGUCACAAAGGAAAAUGCUAAUAGAGUGACAAUUGGACAAAUUUUUUUUAUUUCUAUUCCGUAUCAUAUCCAUCAUUAGCUGAAAUUACCAGUGUCACAUAACUUGGAUAUUUAGUUACAUACCUUUAGGCUAAACCUCACUGAUGACAAAAUAUAAUCUGCGUGUAGACAUAAUCUGCUUGGACACAAAUAAAUGUCAAUUCUACAAAGUCUAAAGGUUAACUCUUCAAAUUUGAUGUCUAAUUUAAACAUUCUGUUGAAAUAUUCUGCCUGUGUAACCUUAAAUCAUGUUUGUUUGUUUUUUAUUUAUUUCUUAUUUCUGUCGUCAACCAUCCAACUAAACAAACCUAUUUAAAGAACGCUAACAAUAGCUUAUGUCAUGUGAUGAAACUGAUAGUGUUUGUGUGUGUUUGCGUUGUUUUAUUUCAUUGCCUGAAAGUAGUUUUACAGUGGCAGAAACAAAACCGGUUUUGACGUUGACUAUCUAAUAAAGUGUCUUUGUUUUAA